AUGGACAAAGCCGACGCGGUACCGGCGGUCAUCAGUGAAACAAACCCACGAAACCCAACAGAGAUUCUUCCAGAAUCAAUUCCUUCCGAGAUGUCUAACCAAGGAGGACAGGACCUCGUUGCAGCACAAGAUGAGAACGAAGAGGAUGACGAUGACUCGGCGCUCGGAGAAGACUUUGCAAGCUCGACUGCUUCCCUCACCUCAAGUAUUCUCGAAUACCGAAAGUUUCAGGGUCGGACCUUUAAUAGUGACAAGUACAAGACUGAAUAUUUCGCACCAAAUGACGAGAGGCAGAAGGAGUCCAUUGACAUCUCCCAUCACUACCUGAUGUUACUUCUCGACGGCAAGCUUUCGCUCGUCCCUUCUUCGGAUGACUUGGAGAAGGUACUUGAUAUCGGAACCGGGACCGGUAUAUGGGCAAUCGACUUUGCCGACCAAUACCCCAAUGCCCAGGUCAUUGGAACAGAUCUUUCCCCAAUUCAGCCAGAUUGGGUACCACCAAAUGUCCGAUUUGAACUCGAGGACGCAACUAGUAAUUGGACUUGGUCCAACGACAGCUUUGACUUUGUUCAUAUGCGCUACUUGAUUGGCGCUAUCACUGAUUGGGGCGCGCUGUUCAAAGAAGCGUUUCGCUGUUGCAAGCCUGGGGGCUUCGUCGAAUCUGUCGAGGUCAAUCCUACUUUCCUCAGUGACGAUGAGACAGCCGGCGAUGUGAUGGCAGUGCAGACAUGGAAUAAGCUUUUCAGAGAGGCGAGUAAAGCUCUUGGUCGUAGCUUUUGCGAGAUCGAGGGGGACGUGGAGCUUCUUGCUGCUUCUGGAUUUGUAGACCUGCAAGUUACCGACUUCAAGGUUCCUGUCGGAGGAUGGGCCAAAGACUCCAAGUUACGUCAAGUCGGCCAGUUCCUUCGCGCAACGAUCGAAAACGAUCUUGAAGGUAAGCAAGUCAUCGGUUCUGGUCUUCAGGCUUCUAAGGGAAUACAGGAUACACCCUCAUGGCGUGGCAGCAGAUUUUGGGGUGGCCCAGAGAUGAAUACGAGUUAUUUCUGA